UUCCCCUCGCGCCCCGGACUGGCGAGGCUGGGCGCGAGCCGCAGAGCGCGGGGUGGCCCCGGGCAGCAGCCGGCCGGAGGAUGCAGCGCCUGGCGCUAACUUUCCUCGCUUUGCCGCUGGUGCUGCGCGCCGCUCCGGCAGUUCCCUGGUGCUACGAUUCACAGGAUCCCAAAUGUGGCCCCGGGUACUGGAAGGAUCUGGCCAAGGGCUGUGGAGGAGAUAACCAGUCGCCCAUUAACAUUGACAGGCGCAAAGUGCAGAGGGACAAGAACCUAGGAGAUGUCCUCUUUGAGGGCUAUGACCAGGCCCCGCCGGGCAAGUGGAGGCUCAUGAACAACGGGCACACGGUGGUGAUGAGACUGGAAGGUGUGUCUGCGAGCGAACAUAUCAAUAUCACCAUUGGGGUGCUUCUUGAGAAGUACCGAGCCCUGCAGUUCCACUUCCACUGGGGGAACCUCAAGGGGAAUGGCUCGGAGCACACCAUUGAUGGACACCAGUUCCCCAUGGAGCUGCACCUUGUUCACAUGAACACCAAGUACAAAACCUUCAACGAGGCCAAAGGGCAUCCGAAUGGGCUGGCUGUCCUGGGCUUCUUGUACAAGGUGUCGGAUGCUGAUAACUCCAAUUACAACACGAUUGUAGCUGGCCUGAAGAACAUUUCCCAUCAAGGGGAUUUUGUGGAUUUAGCAUCUACGUUUUGCUUGAACAACCUUCUUCCCAGCAUGGCCAAGCUGUCCAAGUACUACCGCUAUCAGGGCUCCCUGACCACCCCAGACUGCGCGGAGGUUGUCGUCUGGACGCUCUUUGAGGAGCCCAUCCCUAUCAGCCAGUCUCAGCUGAACGCAUUUGUCAACACUGUUCACUUCCCGGCCAAUGGCACUGGCACCUCUCUAGUGAAAAUGACCAACAACUUUCGACCGCCACAGCCUCUCAAGAACCGAAAAGUCUAUGCGUCCAGAGAUGCCACGAUCAGCCGCAGUGCCAUGCCCAGUGUCACCCUCCCGCUCCUUCCUCUGCUCUUGGUUUUCCAGAUUGUCCACUUCUCAGGUCCCUCCUAAAGGCCCCUCCCAUGAAUCCCUCCCUUCUUUUUCAUGAAUGAUUCGUGAUUAUUUUAUGAUGUCUUCAUAUCAGUGAUUCCACACUGUGAUCAUUUUCUAGCCACAGGACAGAAAGCGAUGAAUGAAAUGAAAGCAGAUUGGCAGGGGGUACUGGGCCAGACCAAAGGUCCAUCUAGCCCAGUAUCCUGUCUUCUGACAGUGGCCAAUGCCAGAUGCCUCAAAGGGAAUGAACAGAACAUGGCAAUUCUCCAGUGAUCCAU